UCUCCUCCUCUUCGACCUUCCCCUCUACCUGUUCGACGAAAUAUCUCACCGAGCCCACCUCAUUAUAUACUCCCCCACUUCUCCCAUCUCCUCCUCCCCCACAAUUCUCCGAUCCCCGACCAUGUUGAAGGCCCUGAACCCGGCCUCGUUCCAGAGCCCGAUCUCCGGCCUCGUCGUCUCCUCCUCGUCCCGCCGCGUCCCGGGCUCGCGCAAGGCUGUGGCCCCGCCCUCGAUCCGCCGCCCCAGCGCGGAUCGGUGCGCGCCGUGGAGCCCCGCGGGCGCGCCGAGGACGAGGACCGAUGGCUGCAGCGGCGGCGGCGGCGGCGGGGGGGCGGCGGCGGCGGCGGUGCAGGUGCACGACGAGCUGGAGCUGUUCCUGGAGCUGGUGCCGCCGCGGAUGCGGCGGGAGCUGGCGCGGCACGGCGAGGUCCGGGAGCUCAUCGAGGUGGUGAUGGAUCUCGGGCGGCGGCCGAUCGCGCGGUUCCCGUCGGGGGAUUGGUUCAUGUCGGAUCGGCCCGUGGCGAUCGACGACCUCCGCCACGCGAUCUCGAAGGUUGGUGAUUUCUCCGAGGACAAUCGAUCUGGGAUUAAUCAUUCACUACAUCGGAUCAGUGCGAUUCGGAACCGUAAGAUGCAAAUAAUCGGUCUCACUUGCCGAGUUGGUCGAGCUAUAUCAGGAAGUGCUGAGAUGAUACGUGAUCUGGUUGAGAGUGGGGGUUCCAUGUUGGUAAUUGGACCUCCCGGAGUUGGCAAGACAACCUUGAUAAGGGAAACAGCUAGGAUUUUAGCAGAUAAAUGCAUGAAGCGUGUUGUCAUAGUUGACACGUCAAAUGAGAUAGGAGGUGAUGGGGAUGUACCUCACUCCGGUAUUGGACGUGCAAGGAGAAUGCAAGUUCCAAAUGUUAGCAUGCAGCACAAUGUCAUGAUAGAAGCAGUGGAAAAUCACAUGCCAGAAGUCAUCAUUAUAGAUGAAAUUGGCACAGAACUUGAAGCUAUGGCGGCCAGCACUAUUGCUCAAAGAGGUGUUCAGCUUGUUGGGACAGCACACGGAGUGACAAUUGAUAGCAUCAUUAAAAAUCCUUGCUUGCAGAUACUUGUUGGUGGGAUAGAGAGUGUCACACUAGGUGACGAAGAGGCGAGGAAAAGGAAGGUUCAGAAAACAAUUCUUGAGAGGCAAGGACCUCCAACAUUCACUUGUGCUGUUGAGAUGAUAUCGAAGACUGAGUGUCGAGUGCAUCACAAAUUAGAAGCCACUGUAGAUGCUAUUCUUGCAGGGAAGUCUCCUAUGUUUGAAGUACGGAAGGUAGACGGCAAAAUGAACAAUUUAGGGAGCCCUAUGCCAUUAUCUGAGAAACAUUACGAAGAGGAGGCAUCAACUUCUUAUAAGGAAAGUGUGAGGGGCAAAAGUAUGCCUGCUGAAGAUGAUUCUGAUAUGAGUUUUGAGUUUAGCAGAAAGGGAACAAGCACGACGAAGUUGUCGAGGAGAUCGCCAGUACGUGUGUAUACUUAUAAGAUAUUGGAAGCUGAUCUGCUGCAAGUGGCAAAUGUUAUGGGUUUUGAGGAUGAGUUGGAUGUAAUCGAUGACAUUGGAACUGCAGACGUGAUUCUUGCUUCAAGCGCUGAACUGAAGAAGAAUCCUUGGAUUCGUAGUGUAGCUAAGUAUCACCAACUUCCCGUGUUUGUCAUUAAGGCCAAUGCCAUGGCGCAGAUGGUAAAGGCUGUCAAAAUGAUUCUUGGAAUGGAGACUUUCGGCUCUGUAAAGAAUGGGCCUGCAGAUGUCAGAGGAGAUAUAGAGAUCGAAGAUGAUGCACCAAAAAGAAAACCAUCGCUGGAGGAGAUUGAUGCGUUGGAGGAGGCUCGACUGGCUAUUGAAUACAUUGUAAUUCCUGGUGGCGAACCUGUCGAGCUGCUGCCUCGAUGCUCGGAGAUUAUUGCUCGCCAGCUGGAGCUCGUGGAGAGCUACCAGCUAGCCGCAGAGACAUCAGGAACUGAGUUGAACUCACGGCUGCAGAUUCUCCCCGUGAAGAUAAAAAAAAAAAGCUCGUCUCAGAAAAACGCCGGACUUCUUUCCAGCAAGCAAAUGGACAUCGAUUCAUUAGUCAGCGAGAGCGGAGGCGCGAGUGUUUCCCGGCUGCCUCUAUUGCCUGAAUAACUGCUUACAUCCACAUUGGCAUUAUGUUGCGCUAAUUGUAUAGUAUCAUGUACAGAAAUGUAAAUCACAAAGCUCAUUUUCUCGUCAAAAUGGGAAGCUUAUUGCAAUUUAUCUCAAUUUUUUUAUAAAGUAAAAAUAGCCCACACAGUUGCUUACACUCUA